AUGGAUAUCGUCAAUACCUCUCUGAGAAUGAACGGGCCAGUCAGCAGAGAUAUCGAUACUGCCAUCAACCCACCCCAGCCAGUCAAGUUGAUCCUAAAGGUUGUAGGGAGAAAAUGCAAAGAGAGUUCCAACGUCGGCACCCCUCACACCAAAAACUCAGAACCAAUAUUCUGCCCGGCCAAGCACCUUAAAAUCUCGCCCCCCUGUCAAAGACUGACAUUUCAAGACCUUAAACUCCCACGCCCUAUCACUUCUGCAUCCCCUAUCGCCGCCACAAGCCCAUUUCCUCUAUUUGCGGCCUCCGCAAUUCCGCUGCUAAGGAAGGCUCUCCUCGACUCUGCCCAUUUAGAAAAGACUGCGAGCAUUUAUAGCAACAGCACGCUAAUUAUUCGUAACGCGGCCGCCCAUUCAAAGUUCUUUCGGAAUGUUUGGACCCACCCGAGGGUCAUGAGGGCGGUGAGUGACGCUGCGGGUGUAGAGCUAGAGGUGUUUAUGGAGACUCUGGAGAUUGGGCAUGCGAAUGUGCAGAUUGAUAUGAAGAAGUAUCGGGGUAUGGAGCGUGGGGAAUGCUUGCAGGCCAUUUCCAAGGACUUGACUAGUGGCAAGUUUGCAUUAGAGGGGACCGGGACGGGGAGGAGUGGGGUGGCGGUGAGGGGGCAGAAGGAGAUUGAGGAUGAGAUUUUCGGAGACGGUGGGAGUAUCAUCCCGUGGCACUACGAUAGUUAUCCGUUUGUCUGUGUCGCCAUGCUCUCAGACACUACCGAUAUGAUCGGGGGCGAGACCGUGAUCCAACGCGGUGACGGUACCUUCCAAGGCAUUUCCCAACCCAGCGCCGGAUUCGCUACCAUCCUUCAAGGCGGCCUCGUCCGUCACCUAGCUCUCCGCGCCCGCGGCACCACCGACCGCAUCACCCUGGUUACAUCAUACCGUGCGAAAGCGACCGGCUUAUACGACUUCUCCUUCCUCACCAACGUGCGCCCCUACACGGACCUCACCGUACUAUAUCCCCAAUGGACCGCCUUUCGCAACAAGAUCCUCAACCGCGAACAGAACCUGUCUGCCUCGUUCACGGCAGAAUACCACCGACACACGCGGCGCCAGAUACUUCCAAAGGCCCGUAUUGACGGCCUCGUUGCACGCUUCGGCAUUGCGGUCUUCUAUACCGCAAUUGACGGAUAUGUUUCUGGCAAGGUAUUUGCGAGUGCUCCGACGGCGUGUCCGUUAUGUAUGUGUAAAGUGGAGGGUGGCAUUGGUAAAGCGCAUGUUGCGACAUGUACCGGUGCUAGGUCAGGGUGGAUGCCGUGGUCGGAACUGUGGACGGAUGUACAGCGGUCUAGGACCGCGCUAGGGAAUAGCAGAAUCAGCUUUGAGGCCACAACAGGCAGGCCGGAUAUCGUGGCUGUUGUGGAGAAGUUUAGGGGUGAGGGACGCGAGUGGGGGAUGGCGGAUGAGUUGGCCGUGCAGGGACUGGCCGAGUAUUUGGUGGAGUUUUUGGCCUUGUUUGGGGUUGUAGUGGGUGCAUGA